AUGGCUGCAGAAAAGUUUGGUCUGCAUCUCAAGACGAUUCUUAAAGGGAAACAUAUCGACGCCAUUUACGAACUCUGGGGAGUCAGUUACGCCGUAGAAAUCGAAUCCCCGAGGACGGCUGGCGGCUUAUCGUUUCCUCUUCCUCGUUUCCUUCUCGAGGUGCUGGCGGAGAUCAAGAUGGCGUUUACCCAGAUAGCGCGUAACUUUUUCCGGUACUUUUUAGGUUGCUGGGUCCCAGCUCAGGAAGAAGGUCUCGAAUUUGGUCUCAGGGAGUUGAAGCAAUUAUUUUCCAUAAAGCGAAACAACGGCUUCCAUGGCACAAUGAUUAUCUCUCCUCGAGGUGGUCGUGUUAUCAUCGAAGGCAUUCCUAAUAAGGAUGAUCGAUGGAGGGAGAAUUUUUUUGUUUUAAAAAUAAAUCUAGCGUCGGUCGGAGACUUCGAUUUCGAGAGGAUUCCUCGGGAAUGGUCCGGCGACAUUGAGCCUUUUGGGUCUGCGCCUAUGUCUCUCGAGCUUCGCGGGUUAAUGGAGACUUUGCGUCGAGGUAGCACUUGCUGGCUCUCCUUUACUCCUGACCGAAUUCAAGCCGCCUAUGCUCUCCCACCGGGUGCGAAUCGUGCUACUCCUGUCACCUUGGUGGCUCCUGUUCGGCCCAAGCGAGGUCAGGGCACCAAAAGGAAGAAGGAUGAAGAGGUGUUGCUCGAUCGUCCUGAUGAGUCUUCUGAGGCCGGGUCAUCAGAGCGAGAUCGGAAAGUCCACCGGGGGCGGGUCCUUAGACCGAGGUCGCAGGCUCAGUCUCCUGGUCUUCUUGCUAGGCCAGUGUCGGUCGCUUUUCCAUCUGGUGGAGCUCGAAAGGCACCGGAUACUUCGGCGAGCUCUGCUGGUGAUCGAGCUCUUAAUGACGAGAUCGAUUCGUUGUCUCGUCAAUCUCGACGUCGGGUUAACCCCGGUGAUCUUCCUUCGAGCGUGCCCGAAGCUUUUUCGUGGUCGUUUGCGUAUGACAGCGAGAUCCCCAUCCUUGAGAACCCCGAGUCCCUUGCGGAAAUUUGGUGUAAGAUCAGAGCAGAAGGAUGCGAGCUCCCUUCUUUGGAGCACAUGCGAGAGCGCGACGCCUAUGUUCGGAUGGCAGUCGCAAACGCCAAGGCUAUGGAGGCGAGCAAUGAUUAUGCCGCUUUAAUGGAGGGGCGAUUGGCAAAUUUUCCUAGUAAGGAAGAGAUCGCGGGUCACCUUCUCAUGAUCCAACAGCUUCGGGGUGAGCUGGAUACUGCUCGGGAGACGGAGAGACAGCGCGAAUUGGAUUUUGAGAAAUUGAAGAAGAAGUUGGCGGCUUCUGAGGCAGAAAAGGGCGUUGUUCAGAGCGACCUUAACUCGAUGGAGGAGAAGUAUAGGCGAGAGAUCGAAGGUCGGGAUAGGAAAGCUUGCAAAGAUCUCCAUCUAGCUCGUGUCUCUCUUGCGAAGGAGUACGAGGGGGUUUUGGCUGUAGUCAGGGGUAAGUUGGAGCAAAAGAAGAAAGAAACGGCCGCGGAGAUUCUUUUGCAAGAGACGCGAGCUCAUAUCGAAGCUUUGCCGAGUAUAGUGAGGGUGGCUUCGAGCUCGAGGCGGAGUUGGAGCGCCAUAAAGACUUGGAGGUUUCGCUCGACGUCAAUUACGGUCUUGCUUCGGUGUCGGACCCUUCUCUUGGUCGUCUCGAUCUCCCCGAGAUCUCCGGAGACUCGGUCAACAAGGAUUGAUGCGAGGGUUACUUCGAUUUAG